AUGGAGCCUCUUCGGAACAGCUUGGGCAAGUUUCGUGAUGAAAACAAUGCCAUGAGGGCACAGAGUGCAGGUUUAUGCUCUUCUAUCGAAGAGCUUGACCUAACGAUCAAGAUGCUGAAUGAUCGAAUGGUACAUGAGAGCAUACCUUUAUCUGAGGAGAAGCGUCUGGUGAAAAUCAUCGGGGAGGGCAUUGAUGGAAUAAAGAAGGAAAGACAGGCAGUAAGAUCUAAGAUUAAGGUCCUGGAGGAUGAGUUAAAACUUGUUGAUGCUGAGAUUGCAUCGCUUCAAGAAGAUUUAGAUGCAGCAACUGCCAGAAAGGACAAGGCGUAUGAAUCGUUGCAAGAAUUGAGAGCAGUGCGCGAUGCAAAAGACUAUUCCUUCUACAAUGAUGACAGUGGAGUACAACAAUUGUUUGAGAACCCGCAACUGUGA